GUAAAGAUGAUCACUAUUAUCUCAAUUGUUCAUUUCGUAUUGAUCAAAAAAAAGUUAUAAUUGCUAAACAGAGCUUAUUAGAAAUUCAAGUAAAUAUACCAAAUAAAAUUCAAGAGGUAGAGCCUAAGAAAUUUUUGUCUAUUACAGAGACUGAGAAAAAAAAGUGGGUCAUGGGGUAUUUUUCUGUUGACUUGGAAAGAGAUAUACACCUUUAUUAUGGAGGAAUAAAAAGGAAUAAAGAUAUCAGAAAAUAUCAUAAAUUUUUAACAGAUCGAAAAAGACUAGUCGGUAAAGAAUUAUUAUGUCACGGUAUACUAAAAAGUGGUUUAAGUACAGCAUGGCUCAAUAAUCCUAUGGAAGAAUAG